AUGGCUUUCACAGCAAGCGAUAUCUGCAAGAUCAUUCUCGCCGUCAUCCUCCCCCCUCUUGGUGUCUUCCUCGAGCGAGGAUGCGGUGCCGAUCUCCUCAUCAACAUCCUGUUGACGAUUCUCGGAUACAUUCCCGGUAUUAUUCACGCUCUUUACAUCAUCCUCAAGUACUGA